CAGUGCUUGCUUUGAAGUUUACUGUGACAAGUACUAGUAUGUGUCCCAUGAUUGGCGAACAUAAAAUUGCGUAACAUUGAGUAAACAUCACGCAACUGAACAAGACAACACAUGGAAACGUCUUUCCUUGCGGUGACAAGACAAUUUCUCCUGCCCACAGUAUUGAGAACUCUUUGUAUUCGUCGUUUCAUGGCGUAUAAAAACUCACCUAGUGCCAGUGCCAGUACCCCCAUCCCAAGUGGCAAAGGGACGGGGAUCCAACCUCAGGGAUUUGACUACUUCCUGGUUUUAGAUUUCGAGGCAACAUGCGAUAACAAAACAACACCCAAACCACAGGAAAUUAUAGAGUUCCCAGUGCUGAAGGUUUCUGGGAAAACGUUUGAGACAGAAGCGACGUUUCACACCUAUGUCCAGCCUGAGGCCCACCCCCAGCUGACCCCCUUCUGUACCGAGCUGACCGGCAUCAUACAGGACAUGGUGGACGGACAGCCAACUCUCACACAGACACUUAAGGACUUUGACAUCUGGAUGUGUGAACAAGGUCUGCUGACACCUGGAGUCUCCUCUGUGUUUGUCACCUGUGGUGACUGGGACCUCAGAACAAUGCUUCCGUCACAGUGCAGUUAUCUCAACACCCCUGUCCCUUCCUACUUCAGACAAUGGAUCAACAUAAAGAAGUCCUACAGUCAGGUGACAGGCCACUGGGGGAAGGGCAUGAUGGGAAUGUUGAGAAAUCUGGAGUUACAGCAUCAAGGCAGACACCAUAGUGGGAUAGAUGACUGCCAGAAUAUUGCAAGAAUUCUGAGAGAACUGGCAAGAAGAGGAGGGUUUUUUCAAGUUACCAGCAGGAGAUGAAAUAGAAUGAUGAUACAGAUACUUACUGACCAAUCUAAUUAUGUGCAAGCACUUUCACAAUCUACUUAACACAAUGCAAGCUAUGUCAAAAUGAAUAGUAUUUUCUUCAGUGCAUUUUUACCUUUGCCUAGAAGGUUAUGUUGUUACAAAUUAUGGUAUACAUGAUUAAAGUAAAUUAAAAUUGUAUAAAAUCAUUUACUGAAGAUGUAUAGAUUGCCUUGUACCAAAGACAACUUCAUAUUGCAAUAAA